GUUUCAUUGACUCCUUAUUUACUUCACAUCACUUUCUUUCUCUCUUUCUUUCUUUUUCUUUCAAUUCAAUUCUCUUCAUGAAGACCAUGAACAUGGCCAAAGCUCAGAUCUUUCUGCACAUUCUCCCUCUUUAUCUCUUGCUAACAUUGAAUCUGUCAACUCUAGUUAUGGCUUCUCCUCAAGAAGAGGAAGCUCAUGAUAAAAUCACUUCUCUUCCUGGCCAACCCAAAGUCUCCUUCCAACAAUUCUCAGGCUAUGUCACAGUUAACCAAGCCGUUGGAAGAGCCCUCUUUUACUGGCUUGCUGAAGCCAACACUCUCCCCUUGUCUAGACCUCUGGUUAUUUGGCUCAAUGGAGGUCCUGGUUGCUCUUCUGUGGCAUACGGUGCUUCUGAAGAAAUAGGCCCAUUUAGAAUCAACAAGACUGCUUCAGGAUUGUACCUCAACAAGUUCUCAUGGAACUCUGCGGCCAACCUCUUGUUCUUAGAAACCCCAGCUGGUGUUGGCUUCUCUUACAGCAACCGCUCAGCCGAUUUGCUAGACACCGGCGACCGCCGCACUGCUAAGGACUCACUGGCAUUCCUGAUCCGGUGGUUGGAAAGAUUCCCAAGAUAUAAAGGCCGAGAAGUUUAUAUUACUGGAGAGAGCUAUGCAGGCCAUUAUGUUCCUCAGCUGGCUAGACAGAUUAUGAUCUACAAUUCCAAGUCAAAAUCCCCAAUAAAUCUCAAAGGAAUUAUGGUGGGCAAUGCAGUUACAGACAACUACUAUGACAAUCUGGGGACUGUGACUUAUUGGUGGAGUCAUGCCAUGAUCUCUGAUAAAACAUAUAGGCAACUAAUCAACACUUGUGAUUUUAGAAGGCAGAAAGAAUCAGAUGAGUGUGAAUCUGUUUAUAGUUAUGCCAUGGAUCAAGAGUUUGGGAACAUUGAUCAGUACAACAUCUAUGCACCUCCUUGCAACAAUUCUGAUGGUAUCACUGCUUCUACUCGCCAGACUAUCCGGUUGCCUCAUCGACCCCAUAAGAUUUUGAGGCAGAUAUCAGGCUAUGAUCCUUGUACAGAGAAGUAUGCUGAGAUUUAUUAUAACAGGCCUGAUGUGCAAAAAGCCCUCCAUGCCAACAUUACCAGAAUUCCUUAUAAGUGGACUGCUUGCAGCGAAUUACUAAACCGCAAUUGGAACGACACAGAUCCAUCAGUUCUUCCAAUCUAUAGGCAAAUGAUAGCUGGUGGCUUGAGAGUUUGGGUUUUCAGUGGAGAUGUGGACUCUGUGGUGCCAGUUACUGCAACAAGGUAUUCUCUUGCACAACUGAAAUUAACAACCAAAAUUCCAUGGUAUCCUUGGUAUGUUAAGAAACAGGUGGGAGGAUGGACAGAAGUCUAUGAAGGAUUGACAUUUGCAACAGUGAGAGGGGCAGGUCACGAGGUUCCACUCUUCAAGCCAAGAGCAGCUCUGCAGCUAUUCAAAUCAUUUUUAAGAGGAGAACCUCUUCCAAAGUCUUGAUGAAGAAGAACAAAAAGAAAAAUGAAAAAAAUAAAUAAAUUCAUUCAAAGUCUUUGGUUCUGAUGUUCUUGUUGUGAAGAAAGAAAUUCACUAAUGUGCCAUUUUUAAGUUAAUAGGGAGAGAGAAAGAGUUUGAUUUAUCCAAUAGGGAAAUUGUGAAAAUUGGAAUGAACAGGCCUUUGCUUUGCAUUUCUUUGAAAUGAAAGUUGGUGAAAAUAUUUAAUGCAUAA